AUGUCCAACGGUACCUCCACCACGAUCAGCUCUGGUCACCACAAGGAGCCCAAGAGCAAAGAUAGCUCGGAUGCCGAGAUGGGCCAGUCUCCUGAUCCUUGGCCCGCGAACGACAACACCAUGCUCGGCGAGACGAGCGAUGAGAUGAAUGACGCUCGCCUGAAGCAGAUCGCGGCUCAGGGCAGCGCUCACUUCCACCGCUUGGGCUGGAAGCGCCUGGCCAUUGUGACCAUCGUGGAAGCUGUCGCGCUCGGUGCGCUCAGCUUGCCUUCCGCCUAUCACACACUCGGCAUGUUCCCUGGUGUUUUCCUUACCAUCACCAUUGGGAUGCUCUCCAUCUUCACCAGCUACCUCGUUGGUCAAGUCAAGCUGGCCCACCAUCACGUUGCCAACUACGCCGAAGCCGGCAGACUCUUGUUUGGCCGUUACGGACGUGUCGGAUACGAAUUGUUCGGAGCCGCUCUUGUCCUCGAGCUUGUCAUGGUUGUGGGGUCGCACGCCCUUACCGGAAGCAUCGCACUGCUAGAUAUCAAUGGCGGCCAUGUCUGCUCCAUUGUAUUCUCCGCCGUGUCGGCCAUCAUCCUCCUGAUCCUCGCCAUCCCGCCCUCCUUCACCGAAGUAGCUAUCCUCGGUUACAUCGACUUCGUCUCCAUCGUCGCUGCCAUUGGAAUCACCGUCAUCGCCACGGGGAUUCAGGCCGACCAUGCUCCGGGCGGUCUUUCGGCUGUCGAAUGGUCUGCUUGGCCCAAGGAAGGGGUUUCCUUCUCCGAGGCCUUUGUUGCCGUCAGCAACAUCAUCUUCGCCUUCAGUUUUGCCAUUGGUCAAUUCUCUUUCAUGGAUGAGAUGCAUACCCCUACCGAUUACAUGAAGUCCAUGUGGGCGUCGGGCGUAAUCCAGAUCAUCAUCUACACAGUCACCGGCGCCCUGUGCUACGCUUUCAUCGGUCCCUCGGUCCAGUCGCCGGCUCUUCUCUCGGCCGGACCUCUGAUUUCCAAGAUUGCCUUUGGAGUUGCCAUCCCGGUCAUCUUCAUCUCCGGUUCGAUCAACUCGACUGUUGCCCUCCGAUACAUCCACGGCCGCAUGUACAAGAACUCGCAUCUCAAGUAUAUCAACACCCCAAUGGGCUGGGCCAGCUGGAUCAUCCUCGUUGUAAUCUUCACCAUCGUCGCUUGGGUCAUUGCCGAGGCCAUUCCCAUCUUCUCCGACCUGCUUUCACUAGCUUCGGCCCUGUUCGUUUCGGGCUUCUCGUUCUACAUCCCUGCCAUCAUGUGGUUUGCAAUCCUCUGCAAGGGCAAGUGGUUCGCCCGCGAGAACAUCCUCAUCAGCCUUGGAAGUAUUCUGGCCUUCAUUGUCGGCGCUGUGGUUUUGGUUGCCGGCACCUACUCGACGAUUGUUGAUAUUAUUGACGAAACAACCACUGGCAGUGCUCAUAAGCCAUUUGCUUGCCGAUCUUAG